AUGGCUGGAAUCGCAAAGGCUGCCCAGGCGCAGCUCAAGCAGGCGCUCGCCGCACCCGCCGCCCGUCUCUUUUCCUCCGCCUCCGCCGCACCUUAUCCGGCCUCGUCCUCUCCACCACCCGCACCAGGAGGGUCAAACAACGUUGAGAACGGAGCAGGAGCGGCGACCGGGCAGCCCAAGCCCAAGUUGACCAAGGCGCAGCGCUUCACCCUCGACCCUGCGACCGCCUCGACUGCACCCAAAUUCCCGCACGGCUUCCUCGCUACAGGCCUGCAUUGCGGCGUCAAGAAGGACCGGUCGAAGCUCGAUCUCGCCGUCAUUAUCUCCGAUCGCCCUUGUUCCGCCGCCGGGACGUUCACCCGCAACGCAUUCGUCGCCGCACCUGUAAUCGUCUCGCAGGAGGUUCUCGCUCGCCAACGGGGUGUAGCGCGGGGACUGGUCGUCAAUUCGGGAUGCGCGAAUGCCGUGACAGGCUCGAAGGGACUGGAAGAUGCGCGGGCGAUGAGCGACCAGCUCGACUCGUUCCUCUCGGCUUCGUCGUCGUCGGACGGCACCGGCACGCUCGUCAUGUCGACAGGCGUCAUCGGGCAACUACUGCCAAUUGACAAGAUCCGACAGGGCAUCGAGGCGUCGACGGCGACACUGGGAAGCACGUUCAGCGCCUGGAGCGACUGUGCGCGGGCUUUCAUGACCACCGACACGUUCCCCAAGCUCCGCACUCGGACGAUCCAGCUCGGCGGCAAGGAGGUCCGCAUGGUCGGCAUUGACAAGGGCGCAGGCAUGAUUCACCCCAACAUGGGUCCGCCUGCCGCUCCCCACGCGACGAUGCUCGGCGUGAUCGCAACCGACGCAGCCGUCGAGCCCGCCUCGCUCCAGAACGCCCUCACCUACGCUGUCGAUCGGUCCUUCAACUCGAUCUCGGUAGACGGAGACAUGUCGACCAACGACACGGUACUCGUACUUGCGAACGGUGCGAGCGGGAUGGCGGAGAUCUCGGAGAAGAAGACGCCCGAGGAGUUUGUGCAGUUUAGGGAGGAGUUGACGAGUUUUGCGGCCGAGCUGGCGCAGCUCGUCGUGCGGGACGGAGAGGGCGCGGAGAAGUUUGUCAAGGUGACGGUUCAGGGAGCGCCAUCGUACGAGGGAGCGCACAAGAUUGCGUCGACGGUCUCGACCUCGUCGCUCGUCAAGUGCGCGUUGCACGGCGAGGACGCCAACUGGGGCCGCAUCCUCUGCGCUGUCGGCUACUCGCAGCCGCCCUUCACCAUUGACCCGACCAAGGUCACCGUCUCGUUCGUCCCGCAGGACGGUUCGCCGGAGCUCAAGUUGCUCGUCAACGGCGAGCCGGAGAACGUUGACGAAGAGAGGGCGAGCGAGAUCCUCCGCGAGGAAGACCUCGAGAUCAAGAUCGACCUCGGCUUGGGAGAGGAGACGGCGACGUACUGGACCUGCGACCUCUCGCAUGAGUACAUCUCGAUCAACGCCGACUACCGCUCGUAA